CUUACAUAUUUUCUAUAUUUUUCGUCCAAAUCAUUUUUAAAUUCAUGAAUAUCUCAUUCAAAGUAAUCUACAUAGAGGGUAUGAAAUUUAGGUCUGUAAAAUUAAUGAGUAUUGAAAAAUUACGGGUUCUAAAACAAGAGGAACGCACGGUCGGCGCACCGUCUAAAAUGUACGUUUACAAACUUUUUAUACAUCUCUUACAACAUGCUAUUUUUCCAUGUUUAUCUAUAAAAUUCCGCCAAAUUACGUCACAUAUUAUGCUGACUUCAUAAAAAUAUACUGUUCAAAUUUCUGACGUCAUUUCCGUUUAAAAGUCGUUAUAUUCUGAAUUGAUUACAAGCACAGUCUGGAAUACAACAUGGCGUCAUCGGACUUUGUUUUGCGUUGAAUUGGGGAAAACACGGACCCAGAUUAUGAUAAUGAUGGCCGAGGUUGAAAUAAGGCAACAUGUGCCGUUCAUUAGUAUUUGACUGGCAUUUAUGUUUAAGAGUGUGAUAAUAUUCCAUAGAAGACGAUAAGUAAAAGGGAAAGAAGAAGACGAGGGGUGAAUAACGUCAUCAGAGGGGAUCGCCGUUUGACAGUUCGUGUUGUAGCAAGCAUCAUUGGGGCAGGGUACGGAAGUGCAAAGGGUUUAAAGAGACGAUUUAGGCGUGUGAAAAGUUUGGGCGUGAUGGGUCGCUCGAUUACUAUAUGACAUGAAGAAGGGAGUAAAGACCAGCUCAAAGGGGGCCCAUAACCAUGCAGCUCCAGACAGCCCCAAGACCAGUGGGGACCAGUUCACAGAAGUCCUUGGUUUCUCCCUGUCGGAUCUCACCUCAAUCAACAAUCUCCUUCAUCUGCUGUGCAGGCCUACAGACCCAGCUGGCCUGGGAGUCAUGAGAUUUAUUUUUGGUAUGUUGAUGUUGGUAGACAUCUGGCAGGAGCGAGGCCUUAGUCAGCUGGUUGAGGAAUAUGGAGACCCGAGCAUGUGUCGCUUCCCGCUCUUCCACUUCCUCAAACCCCUCCCCCUCGUCUGGAUGUACAUUGUCUAUCUCGUCAUGUUCAUAGGUGAAGUUGGUAUCCUGUUGGGUCUGUGCUUCCGUGUGAGCUGCCUUCUGUUUGUCUCGACCUACUGGUACCUGCUCCUGCUCGACAAGACCUCCUGGAACAACCACAGCUACUUGUUCGGCCUCAUUGGUGUCCUUCUUCUCAUCACUGACACUAACAGAUACUGGUCCUUGGAUGGGCUAAUUUCCAGACAUAAGAGACACGCCCACAUACCAUUAUGGAACUAUGCCAUAUUCAGGUUUCAAAUAUUUAUAGUGUACUUCCUAGCUGGCCUGAAGAAACUGGAUGCAGACUGGGUAUCUGGCCACUCCAUGAACUAUAUCGCUGGACACUGGGUGUUUGCCCCCUUCAGACUGUUGUUGACGGAGGAGCAGGUGAGCCUUUACAUAGUCCACUUUGGCGGGCUCAUCAUCGACCUCUCUAUGGGAUUCCUUAUGUUCUUCGACAAGACUCGCAAUCUAGCAUUCGCGUUUGGUGCCUCUUUCCACAUUAUGAAUAGUCAGCUCUUCAGCAUAGGUAUGUUUCCAUGGAUGAUGCUGGCCACCAUGCCACUAUUCUGUAGCCCUGGAUGGCCCCGCCCACUGCUGUCUCGGUUCCCAGCCUGGCUGAGCCCAGUGCUUCCUGCACAUAUGGACCUCCAGACUAGCAACCACUGCCUCUACCAAAAGCACGAUAUUAAGGCAGAUGAAAAAAUGACAUCAAAUGCAUCCGUGUCUGUAAGAUCGAGCCGUACCUUACCCCCUGUAAAGCCAGGGAGUCUCCACAAGAUGGUGUCGGUGUUCCUGGCCUGCUAUGCUGUAACGCAAUGUCUACUGCCUUACUCUCACGGCAUCACAAAGGGUUACAACCACUGGGCACAGGGUUUGUAUGGCUACUCCUGGGACAUGAUGGUCCACACGUGGAAAUUACAGCACAUCAAGGUCACCUAUGUGGACCGCUCAACGGGAGAGGAGGGAUACCUCAACCCUAAGGUGUGGGUGCAGGGCAGUCGAUGGAGCUCCCAUCCCGACAUGAUCAAGCAGUACGGAGAAUGUGUGCACGAGAGACUCGAUUCAUACAACAUCACUGACGUGGAGCUCUACCUGGAUGUGUGGCGCGCGCUCAACAACCGCUUCCAGCAGAGGGCAUUAGACCCGCGGGUGAACAUUAUUGAGGCCCCCUGGAGCCCAUUGAGCCCGACUCCAUGGCUGUUUCCCCUUCUGGUAGACCUUUCUGAUUGGCGAGGCAAGCUGGUUGAGAUAGAGCGGGAAAUCUUUGAGCAGGACAGUGACACAGAUGUCGUGUUUGUUGCAGACUUUCCUGGUCUUUAUCUGGAGAAUUAUGUGCAGGCUGAACUUGGCAACACCAGCAUCACAGUCCUCAAGGGCGAGGUGACAGUGGAGCUGGUUGACCAGAGCCGAAAUAUCACCCUGACUGAAGGAAAGCGCAUGCAGUUGCCGCCAGAUGAAUUCCACAAUGUUCACACAGUGUCAGAGGAGCCAUCAUGCUACAUGUACAUCUUUGUGAAUACGACUGACGUGCAGCUCAAACAGAUGGUCACCAACUAUGAACAGAUCAUCAAUGGAACUUUCAUGGGAACAGACACAGAAGUAAGGCGUAUAAAACGGGAAAUUGAGAGCAGUGAGCGUCGUGAGGCUUAUCAGCAGUAUAUGAUGGAACGUAGCCGCUCAGAGGAGGAACAGAAGAAGUCAUAUGGCCAGCAGUGGCGACAGUUCCUCACAUAUAAACUGCAAAUGCUCCAAAGAAGUGUGAAGUUCACUGUGGGAGCAGUGCAGAGCUUGGUGACAGGACAGCCAUUUGAAAUAUUCCUGAACACAAGCUUAUCUGAGGAAUUGGCUCAACAACAGUACAGCGAGCAACCUGGUGCCCAUUGACAACAGGCUCCUAAUAUCAGCACUUACAUAAACCUUGUGAUCCCUGCAUGGACAGUCCUGGUGACAUCAAAAUUACAGCAAGCAACCUGGUGCCCAUUGACAACAGGCUCCUAAUAUCAGCACUUACAUAAACCUUGUGAUCCCUGCAUGGACAGUCCUGGUGACAUUAACAGUACAGCGAGCAACCUGGUGCCCAUUGACAACAGGCUCCUAACACCUGCACUUAAAUAAACUUUGUGAUUCCUGCAUCCACAAUCCUGGUGACAUCAACAUUAUAGCAAGUAGCAUGUUAUUGCCUGACUUGUCAGGGCAAAGUGAUAUCAGCAUUCCAGUGCGGUUUAUUUCCAGUGACACAGCCACAGAAAACAUUGGAUAAAUGCAGAGUGUUAAUUUUAGCUAUUAACAUGCCAUAUUUACAGAAUCAUUAUCUGCCUUAUUUGCUAAAUGCAUACUUUUAUAUUAAAAUGUCUUUUUGAUAAAGAAUCUUGUCUGGGAAAUGUAAACACAAAAAAACAUGUUUUUUUUGGUUGAACCAGAUUUGUCUCAUGUACAUUUAUUAUGAACAAAUAUUUCGCAUGGAAAUUUGUAUUUACAAAAUAAUAUUGUUUGGUUGUUAUUUUUUAAGAACAAAAGGAAAACAAAUGGGAUGGUUAUGAAUGAAGUUGAAAUGUUUUUCCAUAUAAGUUCGUGCAUGCCUGCAUUUAUGGAGGUAUGGAUGUUGGGGAGAGCGUUAACCAUUACCAUAUCUUCAAAAGGAUGGCAUAUAGUUAUGGCACUGUCAAUUCGUCUCUGUGUCUGUCUGUUAUGUUCUUGUCUGAGCAAUUACUUUAUCAUUAAUGCGAUUUCAUUUAACCUUCACAGAAUUGUAGAGCACAAAGAGAAGGUGAGUCACGCUUAAAAUGUGUGCUUUAAUCUGAAUGGUCACAUAGAGGUCAUUGUUAUUCAAUAUGGGUUUUACAGCAAAUGUUUAAUCAAAUUCAAUUAAACCUGAAACAAUUGUUGUGCUCCAUGGGAACGUGUGUUGGAGGUUAAAAUAGCUCUUACCUUAAAGAUCAAUGCCACACUUUGAGGUCAAUGUCAUAUGUAGAUGGAUUUUCUAGCAUUUUGUUUUUAUCUCGGCCAUUACCAUUUCACUUUUAAUUGGAGAUCAAUCAAUCUCCACCGAAUCUAAGGUCAAGGUCCCGAUUAGGUGACAAUGUUUUACAAAGAGGAUUUCACUGCAAUAUAUACAAUACUGAUACCCUAAACAAUACAGAUUUCUUUUCUAAUUUGUGCCUCACUCAAAUCUUUUUGAUUAUUAAUAGGAUUUCAAUCAAACUUUAUAUAAAUGUAGAACACUAUUGGCAGGUGCAGCACUUAUAAAGUGCCAGCUGAUAUCCCAAAGGUUAAAGUCACACUUAAAAGGUUUGUCAAAUCACAGAUAUGUUGUACUAUACGGUGUUUUGUGAGGUCAAGGUUCUCAUUGAUUCAUUCAAAAGCACCAAAAAGAAUUAAUAAAUGUUAAAAUCAAUGGUUUUUGUGUCGCCUGAAAAGACGACAUAUAGGGGUUACUUUUGUCGGCGGCGGUGGCGGCGUCGCUUACUUUUGUCGGCGGAGGCGGCGUCCGCGUCCCAUUUUCGCUUGUACAGGGUAUAUCUCCUAAACUAUUAAUGGUAUCAACUUGAAACUUCAUAUGUAGAUAGAUCUAAUUGAGGGCAAGUGCAGUGCACAAGAACUGUUACUCUUGCUGCCAUAUUUUUAGAGUUAUUGCUCUUUGUUAUUUUUCAUGCUUAAAGUUUUGUCACGGGCAUAUCUUGUAGAAUAUAAGAGUUAUCAACUUGAAACUUCAUAUGUAGAUAGAUCUCAUGGAGGGCAAGUGUAGUGCACAAUAACAGUAACUCUUGCUUUCUUAGUUUUAAAAUUAUUGCCCUUUGUUAAUUUUCAUGCUUAAAGUUUUGUCCGGGGCAUAUCUUGAAGAAUAUAAGAGAUAUCAACUUGAAACUUCAUAGCUAGAUAGAUCUCAUUGAGGGCAAGUGCAGUGCACAAUAACAGUAACUCUUGCUUUCUCAGUUUUAAAGUUAUUGCCCUUUGUUAAUUUUCAUGCUUAAAGUUUUGUCCGGGGCAUAUCUUGAAGAAUAUAAGAGGUAUCAACUUGAAACUUCAUAGCUAGAUAUAUCUCAUUGAGGGCAAGUGCAGUGCACAAUAACAGUAAUUCUUGCUUUCUUAGUUUUAAAGUUAUUGCCCUUUGUUAAUUUUCAUGCUUAAAGUUUUGUCUGGGGCAUAUCUUGAAGAAUAUAAGAGGUAUCAACUUGAAACUUCAUAGCUAGAUAGAUCUCGUUGAGGGCAAGAACUGUUACUCUUGCUGCCAUAUUUUUUAGAGUUAUUGCCCUUUGUUAAUUUUCUUGCUUAGGUUUUGUCCGUGGCAUAUCUUGUAAACUAUAGGAGGUUUCAACCUGAAACUUAUUCCGUAGGUAUAUCUGAUUGAGGAUUCAAAUGCCACCUACACUUGAAAGUUAAAUGGCAACAUCAUUGUCUAUAAAUGAAUAAAAUGCCAAUCUAACAGCUAUAAUGUCGACAGUAAAUAAUUCGUCAGGCGACACAUCCGACUCGCGGAGUUCUAGUUAUGAAGGAUGUUGAGUUUAAUUUGAAAGAAAGGUGCAAAAAACACGGUAUUUGUACCUUAUGAGACGAUAGAAGAUCACAGUAAAUCUUUUAGCACUCAACUCAAUAUUUUUGCGUUUUCAGCUAUUAAAUAAAUGGUUACUAUCCUAUAAGUAAUCAAUAUUUUCCAUAAAUGCAUUAUUUAGUAAGUAGUUUAUCACUCAAAAUUUAUGUUUGUAUGUAAUAAUUUUGAAUAAGCGUGUCACUUUAAAUAAGUAUCAGUCUUACAACUCAGCCCAAAUCGGGGAAAUUUGUCAUGUUUCUGUGAAAGCUCAAUUUAUGUAUACUGCAGUACAUGUGUUUGUGAAAAACAUGUUUAUUUUAUUUACAAACAUUUCAAUGGUGAGUUUAUUUUAUGUUUUCAUGUACAGAUAAGUGUUGCUUGGAAUGAUCCCUUGCAUCGUGUACAGAUAAGUGUUGCUUGGAAUGAUCCCCUGCAUCGUGUACAGAUAAGUGUUGCUUGGAAUGAUCCCUUGCAUCGUGUACAGAUAAGUGUUGCUUGGAAUGAUCCCUUGCAUUGGCCAGUCAUCUUAUGGACUUGUAAUGGGCUUUCAUGCAAUGUUGUUGUUUAUAUGACUUAUCAGUUCAUUUCUUGUUUGUUUUGUUCUGUAAGAUAUUUUAAAUAAAUAAAUACAUUGAAUUGUU